UUGCGAGACACCCAGCCAGCGAGAGCUCUCGGGAGCGUCUGAGGUUGCUAUCAACUUUAGGCUCUAUUCAUCAUCUAUAUUUUUCUACGACUUUUCGUAACAAUGACUACAUCGGGGUCGCUGGAUCGGAUGGAACUCUGUGAAAGCCUUCUAACAUGGGUUCAAACAUUUGGUGUGGAGGCUCCAUGCAAGACAGUGGAGGACUUGACGAGUGGUAUCGUCAUGGCUCAAGCGCUACAGAAAAUAGAUGAAGUGUAUUUCAGUGAUGCAUGGAUUAGUAGAAUCAAGCCAGACGUGGGUGACAACUGGAGGUUAAAGGUCAGCAAUCUAAAGAAAAUCCUCAAAGGCAUCCUAGACUAUAACCAGGAGAUCCUUGGCCAACACAUAAAUGACUUCACACUGCCUGAUGUCAACCUAAUCGGAGAGCACUCUGACGCAGCGGAACUAGGGAGGAUGCUACAGCUCAUUCUGGGCUGUGCUGUCAACUGUGAACAGAAACAAGAAUACAUCCAAACCAUCAUGAUGAUGGAGGAAUCAGUCCAGCAUGUCGUCAUGACAGCCAUUCAAGAGCUGAUGAGUAAAGAGACUCCUGUGACGGGAGGUAAUGACUCCUAUGUGGAUCUGGACAGACAGCUGAAGAAGACUGCCGAGGAGCUAAACGAAGCUUUGGCCACAAAGGAGGAGAUCGCCCAGAGGUGUCGUGAGCUUGACAUGCAGGCCCUCCAUGUCCAAGAGGACCGUGAUAGACUGAGGUUAGACUUUAAUGAGCUAGAAGAGAGGGUUGCAGCCCUGCAAGAGGAGAAAAGCAGUUUGCUAGCUGAAAACCAAGUUUUAAUGGAGAGACUCAACCAGUCCGACUCCAUCGAGGAUAUUAACAGCCCGGCUGGCCGCAGACACCUCCAGCUGCAGACACAACUGGAGCAGCUCCAGGAAGAAAGCUUCAGGUUGGAAGCAGCAAAAGACGACUACCGAAUCCGUUGCGAGGAGCUUGAAAAAGAACUUUUAGAUGUCAAGUCGCAAAAUGAGGAGCUCACAUCUUUGGCGGAUGAAGCCCAGUCUCUCAAGGAUGAAAUGGAUGUACUCAGGCAUUCAUCCGAUAAAGUGUCAAAGCUUGAGGGCACCGUGGAACACUACAAGAAGAAACUGGAAGACAUGGGACUUCUCAGAAGACAGAUUAAGCUUUUGGAAGAAAAGAACACAGUGUUAAUGGAGACAAACAUAGGUUUGGAAGAAGAGCUACGCAAGGCCAACGCUACCAAGGGACAGCUGGAGACUUACAAGAGACAGGUGGUCGAACUUCAGAACAGACUGUCGGAAGAAUCGAAAAAAGCAGACAAGAUGGAGUUUGAAUACAAACGAGUCAAAGAGAAAGUCGACUCUUUACAAAAAGAAAAAGAUCGUAUGCGAACAGAGAGAGACUCUUUGAAGGAGACCAUUGAGGAGCUGCAUUGUGUCCAAGCUCAAGAGGGACAGCUUACAUCAGGUCUGCUCCCACUAACCAGCACCGACGGAUCUGAUUCGCUGGCAGCUGAGAUAACAACGCCAGAGAUUCGGGAGCAUUUAAUUCGCCUUCAGCAUGAGAACAAAAUGCUGAAACUGGCUCAAGAGGGAUCUGAUAACGAGAAGAUUGCACUGCUGCAGAGUCUGCUGGAGGACGCCAAUAGAAGGAAAAGUGAACUGGAGACAGAAAACAGGUUAACCAAUCAGCGCUUGAUGGAGGAACAGAGUCAGAUAGAAGAGCUACAGAAGACGCUUCAAGAACAGGGCUCUAAAGCAGAUGAUUCCUCCAGUCUGAAGAAGAAGUACGAGGAGCACAUGGAGAAACUACGAGAGUUGAACAAUGAGUUACUGAAGAAGAACGCCGUUAUCGACGAGAUGGAGCCCAAAUACACUGCCAGCUCUCAACGAGUGGACGAGCUGGAAGAGGCCUUGAAAAAGAAGGAUGACGAGAUGAAACAGAUGGAGGAGAGAUAUAAGAAAUACCUGGAGAAAGCCAAGAGUGUCAUUCGCACCUUGGAUCCUAAGCAGAACCAGGGCUCUGGUCCGGAAGUUCAGGCCUUGAAGAACCAGCUACAGGAGAAAGAGCGGAUGUUACACUCGUUGGAGAAAGAGAUGGACAAGACAAAGAGCCAGAGGGAUCAUGAGGAGAAACUAAUUGUAUCAGCCUGGUACAAUAUGGGAAUGACCUUUCAGAAGAAGGCGGCUGAGGCCAGGCUUGCCAACACAAGUUCAAGUCAGUCGUUCCUGGCCCGGCAGAGACAAGCCACCAGUUCACGUCGCUCCUACCCGGGCCACAGCCAGCCAGCUACCGCAAGAUCUGCAAGGUAGAGAUGCCAGACAUGACUGCCAAAAACUUGCACCACUUUUAUUCCCACCUAAACAUUUUUUUAACCUGACGUAAUCAUGUUGGCAGACUGCUACCUGUCUGACUAAUCACCUCAAACACUCCACACUCAACCUCUGACCCUCGUGUGCCACUCUGGCCCAACCAGGCCGAGAUGGAUGAAAUCCCUCUUCUACUUUGACAUUCUUCUAUCUAACUGUUAUCAGUCUUCUAGUCUUAAAGGUUCAGCUUGUUUUCUGCUACCGAUCUUCUGGUUAGCUAUUUAGUUUACUUUUUUAAUCAUAAGCAGUACAGUGGAAUCUCCAAAGUCGUACACGUGGAAAAAUAAGUCACUCUUCACCUUUGACAAAAGCAAGAGAGGCAUAACAGAGGGAGCAGAGAGAGAGAAAAUAAAUCACGGGAGAAAAUAUAUAAAUAUUUUAUAGAUUUAUAUUUUAUAUAAAUAUUAUAUAUAAAUAAAUAAAAGAUUUAUGUGUUUUGAUGUCAUGAGCACUUUAAAGGCUUCACAAAGCUGCACUUCUGUUUGUUGUAUUCUGUUGUUCUAAUGGGUAAAAUGACUAAAACUCAUGUUAUGUUUGCCCCUCCAGACUAUUUUUCUUUACUAUAAGAGGGGGGAAAUUGGCUCAUUUGAUAGUAAAGGUUUGCUGACCCCUGGUGUAGAUUAUUGUAACAACAUGACUGAGUGACCAGUCGUCUUAUUUGGGCCAAACGACGAUUCACACCAGUUUUUAUGCAGUUUAGUUCAGAAUUGUGAAAAAUAUACACUUUUUUUUGUUAUUGUCUUCUUUUAAACCACUAUUGCCUAUUUGUUACGAAGGCAACAUGGAGAAACAAAAUUGAUGGGUUAAAAAAAAGACUCCAUUUGGAUUAAGAGCAUUGCACUUCCGUCUUCACGUCUGCGUUCAGAGCGGAGGUUGGCGGUGAAACUUCAAAUUAAGAUCAGCACAUUAGUGAGUUUUUGACAAGACUGUUUACUUACAGGACAAGCAGUGCACACAGUUGAAAGAAUCCGACGUAUGGCUAAUCAAUGUAUUUCCUUUUCAGUGCCAGUACUCAAAAGAGUGCUGCUCUUAAUUUGAACUUUCAUCGCAAACAUCCUCUGUGAACACGGAAGUGCAACGCUCUUAAUGCAAAUAGCUUUGCGCAAAACUGUCUUGCGUUUACAUUUGUGUUCUCUCGCAAAAUUUUUGCGAGCGCUCACAAAAGUUGGUCCUUUUCAUGUCCCGUCAGGGGCUCCAUAAUUGGUAGCGUCAGCUUCAACUCCUCAUUGUGCUGUUUGUCGACUUUAGAGGUUCCACUGUAAUCCAAAAACGAUCUACUGUCAUCACGUGAAAGACAAACAAGGUUUCAACAGCAGCUACUAGGUUCUCUUAUAUUUGUGCCCACAUGUUUGAUGAAUAUGAUAUAAACGAGAGUAUGAGGACCCAUGCAACUGUAAACUGAAGAAAAUAUGGGAUUAAUUCACCCCCCCUUCAAAUUCUUAUUUUUUUGUCAACUUAAUCCUGUUUAUUUUACAUUAACAGCCACAAGUUGCUGCUAACAUUCCCUGCUAUCUGACCAUUGUUUCCUGUUCUCCCCCCCACUGACAGCAAUAUCCCAGCUUGACUGGCACACCACUGACCCGGGCCAGGCCAGCCCUGGUGCGGCCGGGCCUGUCUGUGGGCCGUGCUGGCCUCAACCAGGGCGAGCCUGAGGCGCGCGAUGCAUGAAUUACCUGCCUGCUGACCGUUUGCAUGUCUUUGCAUUGACUGCAAGUAACACAACACAGCACCAGCAGCAGCACCAGCAGCAGCAGCAUAAGCACUAACGACCCUCUGCAGCAUUGCAAUCCCCAGACAGGCCAACAGAGGGAGGCAAUGGAAAAGCAAACCCACCCUGUUCGUGCUUAUUUAUUUCCCCUCAUUCUGCUACUCCCCUAACUCCAUCACUGCCUCCUCCUCCAUUGCUCCUCAUGGACACACCGCUUCGUCCUUCCAACCUGCAUCAGGUCUGUUACAACCUUUCUGUUACAAAGGCCUCGGUCAAGGUCAGAGCAGCACAGUGACAGAAUACCUCAGUAGCAUUUUUCCACAUGUUAAGUUGUGAAUUGAUGUCAGUAUUUAAAAAGGAAAACCGUCUGCAGAUCGGGGAAAAAAAUCUUAAACACAAAACAACUGCGGUCCUACCCUUUAAAUUUCUGAGUACCCCGCUCGUGCUCGUUGAUGUACGGCAAGCCGGAACCACUCCAGGGCAAGUUAGGUUGGCUUUUACCUCAAGUUUUAUAGCUUAUAGGAAUAGGAUGGGAACAUUUUCGUACACGAUAAAAGUUGCAAUUAAGUUUUUGUUUGUUUUUUCCCCCCAAGCUAGAACGUGUCCAUUUAAUAUGACCCGACACAUGUACAGUAUAUAGCGUUAAGACAUAAACUCCUGGUUUGUUUUAUGUCCAACAGAUGAAUAACUGAGCCAAUAAACACAAUGAAAUAAAAGCAUACAGCUAUAUUAGCUCGUGUAGGCUAAUGUAUAGUACUUAGUUGUUGUUGUUUUUUUUAAGAAAGGCUAAGCCGUUGAAAAUCCCUCCAUUAUUUUCUUAUUAUUCCAAUAAUCACAAGAAAAUGGUUACAGGUGAAAUAGAUCAUGCAGCAGUGGUGCAAGAAGGGAGCAUCAUACUGUAGUUUUUUUUUUAUUUUAAUGCGUAUUUAUCAUUUUAUUUGCAGGGCUAUUAAAAAAAAGUGGCGACAUGCAUGUUACAGGCAUAAAUGCAUAUUUUUGAUUGACGUGAUAUGGUGGGCUCUUCCAGUUUUAGUGCCUUUGUUUCUGGUGAGAUAAGAAAAACUGAACUGAGGGCUUUUUUAUUUUGUCUUUUACAUCAGUUACUUAUAAUUCUUAUACUGUGUAUUAUUUCCUGCAGUGCUUUUUUAUCCUACAGGGUUAUUUAUUCUUUUGUGUCUUGUGCAGCAGUGUUAGUACUACAUCACUUUUAAUAGUUGGACAUUAAAAUGCUGUCUUAUGCAACGAUGGAACGACAACAAUGCCCAGAUCAGUGAUUAGCGUGUGUUGCUUUUAUUUCUUUUACAGGAAAAUGACAAUUUCAGGUCUUUAAAAGGGGUUGAUUGUUGAAUCUUUUCACAAGAAAAGCACAUUUUCCAUGAUUAAAUGGAUUGACGGCGAUCAGCAAAAUGAAAAUAUGUCCUGUUAUAGUGGCUGCUUGCUCACGUGGAUAUCAAAUAAAAUGGUCUUACAAGAAUUUAGUGGUAAAUAAUUAUUUGAAGUCAAUAUUAAGCGGAUAAAAGCAUACAGUGGAAUCUCCAAAACUACAUUUUCCAGAAGGAAGUAAUGUAACGAGAAUUAAUGUGUUCCAGGGUUAAACUGUCCCCAUUGUAAGUCUUUAUUAACUGUCCAGGCAAUCUUUGAAGUAACGGUAUAAAGUUACGUAAGUCACGAUACAUUAAAUGUACAAUAAAGUAAAGCCACUCACACAAAUGCCUGAUCAUGGAAUUUCAUAUGUCAUUGACAGGUAAUUCAUUGUUUUGCUCAUAUUGCGCUGAGCGGCCAGACCCGGUUAUACAUCAUAUAUGCAUUAUAAAGGGGAAAAAAGAUGUUUAAAAAUAAUAAUAAUAUUAAACAAUACAUUAAAAGAUUAAAAACUAGAGAGCAGACCUCCGCCAAGCAUCAUACUUCACCCCAUAUCGUGACGCAAUGGGCGGGAUGUCUCUUGGCCAAUAAGGACUGUUUUGGCUCUAUAAUGAGCCAGCUAUGGUCUAAUGUGGGUUCCUAAUAUGCGCUACAGGCACAGACGAGGUGGAGCUGCACACGUCUUCAGCUCUCACAUGAGUAUACCACACCCUCUACUGGCAGCAGUGGUAAAUACAAUAACAGACACAUACAACAGAGCACCGAUAGAUCGCUCUAAUACACCACAAGAACACAGAACACAUGUUAAAAAAAACAUGCAAAACUGCACUGCAAAACAGUGACUCCGCGAAAGGUGAACUGCGAUGUUGCGGGGGAACGGUGUAUUUUGACUUUAUUCCCAUCAUAAAAUUACAACUUUGUUGUUUAUAUUUUUCAUAAUAUUAUGACUUAAAGAAAACAGCAUCUUUUUUUUCAUAUUUCAAUUUUAUGCUUCUAAAAUUAUUAUUCUCGUAAAAUUGCAACCUUUUCCUCAUUAGAUUACAACUUUUUUCUCUUAACAUUUUGGCUUUACUCUUGUAAAAUUACUGCUGAUUUUUGCUGGGGUUUUUUUGUUUGUUUUUUUUUAAAGUUUUUGUUAUAUUUUUUAGAAUGGGCCGCAAAUGGCCCCCGGGCCGCACUUUGGACACCAUUGGUAUAACAUAUGAAUGAAUGCAGGAUAUAAAUUGCAUAAAAUUGCAGUAAAUACUGAAAAAUGAAAUCUGGAUUAAUGUAUACAGUAUAUAAAUAAAAUAUUGAUGGUGGUUCUGCAAAAUUUCCCUCAUUUUUAAAUGCAAAUAUUGACAAGUGUGGGUCUGAACCGCUUGCAUCUGGCGACUUUGGAGGUUCCACUGUAUUAAAUACAUCCAAUAAAUCAUGACUGUGUAUAAUGCGGCACAUCCACGGUGGUCAGUGUUCAUUUGGCGUAGCAGAUUGUGUUAAACCCGCUUCUUUUUUGCACCUUUUAUUGAGUCACAUAACGGAGAAAUAUUGUUACAUGAGUAGAUGAGGUCAAUAUUGGUGCUUGAUCAUGCAAAAAUUGCAAAAAAAAACAAAAACUCCAAGUCCCGUAUAGUGUUACUGGACUGCUAACUGUACAGAGAAGAAACAACACUGUCAGACUGUAUAAACAAGGCAUGGAGUGUGUGUGCCGCUCUUUUUUUAACUCAUUUGGACAAUGAAGUUGGAACUAUUUGCCAAGUUUUCUAUCACUUGUAUACAAACCCACUGUGUACAUACAGUAGUAUUAACAUCAUGCAGUACAGAGGAGGCCUUGAACGCUUUGAGGAAGAGAGAAUGGAAGUAGUCAGAUGGAUAGCAUCUAUCUCAUAAGUGUUUCUCCAUUUAAAAAUGUGCUUCCCACACUGUAAAACUUGGACAUGACAUUGUAAAUAAAGCUUGUAUUAAAAAAAAAAA